AUGGGCCCAGCCUUUGCACCACGAAGGCCUAAACUAGAUCCUAAACCCGAAGAACUGCCCGCAUGUCUGCCGAAACUCAAACGUGUGUGUCCGCUCGGGCUGCUGGCGCUCGUGGUGUUCGCCGGCACGCUGGCGGCCGCGCUGGCCGAGAGCGGCUGCGAGGAGGGGCCGCGCCGCCUGGCCGAGGCGCUGGCCGCCUACCUGGCCGAGGAGCGGGGCGAGUGGCUGCAGGCGCACGGCGGAUGGGAUGGCUUCUGUCGCUUCUUCGGCAGGCAUGGCUCUCAACCAGCUGACCAGAACAGUACCAUAAGCAAUGCUAUAAUGGCAGCAGCAGGGUUUGGAAUAGCAGGAUUAGCUUUUCUCUUGGUGGUGCGAUAGGCUGAUGAACGGAUCUUGUGAUGGGAAAGUACUCUCAAACUGACAUUUUACCAGAUCUCAUUCUAUUUUCUAUAGAACAGACCCUCAAAGAAGAAGUUUAUAUUUUUAAACUGUCUUGGAAAACUGGUGCACCAAAUCCUUGGCUAUAGACUGCUUCACUUGAUACCCAGUAACAUCACAAACAAAUGUGUACUAAAUGACCAUUUGUUCAUGUUCAAAACCUGUCGCCUCCAAACAUCCUUUGGACUUUUCUUUUUGAAGGUUUAACCUAAACAUUACCAUGGUUUAUGUACUGUAACUUCUGAGUACUCAAUGUUAUGCUAGGAAAAAGCUAUGGUGGACUUGCUACUCUGUUCAAGACGUCUUAUUUAAAUGGAGGCAAGUCUCAGGACUUGCCUUCCAUUAAUACUGUAACGUGGGCUAAUGUCAACUGUGAUAUAACAUGGUUUGUGGCUUCAAAGGCGGUGCCCGGCGCUUGUUACUGAAAGGCAACUCGUUGGUUGAUUUAGAGCAAUUAGUACCCAUGAUGUGAGAGGCAUUAUGGCUUAAUAUAACAUAAGGCUGAUUUCAUUACACUACAAGAAUAUAAGUAUUGAUACAGGACCGUAAUGGCUGCAGUACCCGUUCUUACUGAAAGGAAUUUAAAUAUUAAACCUUAAUUGGUAUAGCGAAAUCCAGUGGAGGCUGGAAUUUCUCUGGAUUUCCCUGACAAAACAAGAUUUUCCAUAUAUCUUAAUAUAUUUUUGAAGUAUUUAUCACUGUAUAAUACUUGUAGCCAUGACAUCUUUAUUUUUGUUUAAAAUUUCAUUUUUAAUGCUGGUUCUCCUUACUCUAAUGUGUAUCAAGCAUUGUCUUGUUUGAGUAAUAUUUCACUCUAUUUUCAACAUGCUGUGUAUUUCUUUCAAUGGUUGUACAAAUUGCCUUAUGUUUCUGGUAGCUUUUAAUAACGUUCCUGGGUUACUUACAGUGUGUACAAUUUUACUAUGGUGACUUAAAAUGGUGAAUAAAUGUUAAGUAUUUUUAUUUUAAAAAACAA